GAGCCUCAGAACCCCUGUCAUGGCCCAAAGAAGCUCUCCUUGGCUCCGGGAGGGCUGGUGAACUCUGUCCUCUAUUCUCUUGGCUUCAGCCAGGCAUUGGACUUGCCCUUCUGCUCUGAUCUUGGCAGUCACCUUCACAGACGGAUUAAGACUGAAGACCCCCAGGGGCUCCAUCCCUAAGGGAAGCUUGAGAAGCAGAGCCCUGCCUCCAUUCCCUCCCUGGAUCACACCCCUCAGCCCCCAGCGGAGCCGAAACGAUCCAGUCCGGAAUGAUCCCGCUAUGGCCAAGCUCUGGUUCAAAUUCCAGCGGUACUUCCGCAGGAAACCUGUACGUUUCUUUACCUUCCUGGUGCUCUACCUGACAGCUGGGAGCCUCGUCUUCCUUCACUCUGGUUUUGUGGGUCAGCCUGCUGUCUCCCAGAACCAGGCCAACCCCGCUGCGGGGGCCCCAGUGGAGGGCGCUGAGCUGCCCUUUCUGGGUGACUUAAAUCUGGGCAGAGCCUUCCGGGAUACAGGUGAAACCUCGAGCAUCGCCCGCAGGUAUGGACCCUGGUUCAAGGGCAAGGACGGGAAUGAGAGAGCCAAGCUGGUGGACUACGGGGGAGCCUGGAGCCGGGCCCUCAAGGGGAGGGUCAUUCGGGAGAAGGAGGAGGAGCGAGCUAAGUACAUCGGCUGCUACCUGGAUGACACCCAGAGCCGGGCCCUUCGAGGCGUGUCCUUUUUCGACUACAAAAAGAUGACCGUCUUCCGUUGCCAGGACAACUGUGCAGAACGGGGUUACCUGUAUGCUGGGCUGGAGUUCGGCGCCGAGUGCUACUGUGGCCACAAGAUCCAGGCGACAAACGUGAGCGAGGCGGAGUGUGACAUGGACUGCAAGGGCGAGCGGGGCAGCGUGUGCGGUGGCGCCAACCGCCUCUCCGUCUACCGGCUGCAGCUGGCCCAGGAGUCAGCCCGCAGGUAUGGAAGUGCAGUCUUCCGAGGCUGCUUCCGCAGGCCCGACAACCUCUCCCUGGCCUUGCCCGUGACGGCUGCCAUGCCCAACAUGUCUGUGGACAAGUGUGUGGACCUUUGCACAGAGAAGGAGUACCCACUGGCAGCCCUUGCGGGCACCGCCUGCCACUGUGGCUUCCCCACUACGCGAUUUCCCCUCCACGAGAGAGAGGACGAACAGCUCUGUGCCCAGAAGUGCAGCGCGGAGGAGUUUGAGAGCUGCGGGACACCCAGUUACUUCAUUGUGUAUCAGACGCAGGUCCAAGACAACCGCUGCAUGGACAGAAGGUUCCUUCCAGCCAAGUCCAAGCAGCUCAUCGCUCUGGCCAGCUUCCCAGGUGCCGGCAACACGUGGGCUCGCCACCUCAUCGAGCUGGCCACCGGCUUCUACACCGGCAGCUACUACUUCGACGGUUCUCUCUACAACAAAGGGUUUAAAGGUGAGCGGGACCACUGGCGCAGCGGGAGGACCAUCUGCAUCAAGACGCACGAGAGCGGCCAGAAGGAGAUCGAGGCCUUCGACGCGGCCAUCCUGCUCAUCCGCAACCCCUACAAGGCCCUCAUGGCGGAGUUCAACCGCAAGUACGGCGGACACAUCGGCUUCGCUGCCCAUGCCCAUUGGAAGGGCAAAGAGUGGCCAGAGUUCGUAAGGAACUACGCCCCGUGGUGGGCCACGCACACACUGGACUGGCUCAAGUUCGGCAAGAAGGUGCUGGUGGUGCACUUUGAGGAUCUGAAGCAGGACCUCUUCGUCCAGCUGGGCCGGAUGGUCGGGCUGCUGGGUGUGGCUGUCAGGGAGGACCGACUGCUGUGUGUGGAGAGCCAGAAGGACGGCAACUUCAAGCGCUCGGGGCUCCGGAAGCUGGAGUACGACCCCUACACGGCGGACAUGCAGAAGACCAUCUCUGCCUACAUCAAGACGGUGGAUGCGGCCCUUAAAGGGAGGAACCUCACGGGCGUUCCCGACGACUACUACCCCAGAUGACGGGUCGGAGCGGGGCGGGGAGCUGGCAGUCCAGACCGAGCAGGCCCUGGGGACCCCAGACCCCUGGGGGCCCACACCCAUCAGUCCCCUCUUCGAUUUGGGGACAAUCCCCAUGGCUGCUGUUGCCUUUCGCUGAGUUCCCUGCAUGACGAAGGAGGCUCAGGCGAAGAGACUGUGCAGGCACGCCCCGCCUACUCACACCGCGCCCCCAGAGAUGGAGGGGGCAACUGGGUUAGGGAGCUCUAGCCACGUGGACCCUUCUCUGUCUCCCAUGUCCCUGUGCCCACCACUCUGGGCUCCACUUGUGGGAAGGAGGGCUCAUGGGUGUCCCAGAGACAAGGGUGCCCCACCGCAGGUGUUGAGGACCCUGGUGCAAGAGCUAAAGAGAAUGACGU